GGUUUAGCAACUAGAGAAAGAAUAUUUGUGGCCCUUUCCAUAAAAUAACACUAUAUUAAGAAGUAUUCUUAAUUUUCCACAUAUUGUCGAUGGGACAGUAUUUCCUUUUCUUAUUGUUUUAUAAACACUCAAGUCAAUAUAUAUAAAAGGUCCUAGUAGUUGAUUCUCCCCCUUGCUUCAGUUGAAUACAACUGAUUUGGUUGGAUAAAGCAAGAGAAAGAAAGAAGAAUGGGGGAAAGUAUGUGGUCAAUUGUAAAAUGGUUAGUUUGUGGAUUGAUUUUAAUUUGGGUUUGGAAAUUUUUUAAUUGGGUUUGGUUGAAACCCAAAAGAGCAGAGAAGUCUCUGAGACAGCAAGGGUUGAAGGGAAACUCUUACAGAUUCUUAAUUGGUGAUCUUAAAGAGACCUCUAGAUUAAGGAAUGAAGCUAAGAAGAAGACUCUUCCUUUUACUAAUGAUUUCUUUUCUCAUUUGUUCCCUUUCCAUCAACAGCACUUCAAUAAAUAUGGUCAAAAUUGUUGGACAUGGUUGGGGCCAAUACCAGUCAUAAACAUUGCUGAUCCUGAGCUUAUAAAGGAGGUGUUCUCUAGGAUGAACGAGUUUAAGAAGGCAAAAUUGAACCCUCUUGUUGCAUUGCUUGUCCCUGGACUUGUUAGUGCCGAGGGUGAAAAAUGGGUUAAACACAGGAGACUCAUCAAUCCUGCUUUUCAUAUGGGAAAGUUGAAGCUCAUGCAUCCAGCUUUCAACGCUAGUGUUAGUGAAUUGGUGAACAAAUGGGAGAAGAUAGUAUCUAAAACAGGUUCUUCUGAGAUUGAUUUGUGGCCCCACUUUUCAAGCUUAACUGCAGAUGCUAUCUCUCGUGCUGCAUUUGGUAGUAGCUAUGAAGAAGGAAGAAUGAUUUUUGAACUCGUGCUCGAACAAAUGGAACUUGCCUUACGUCUUUUGCAAUCGGUUCCGAUUCCAGGAAAAAGGUUUUUGCCUACAAAGACCAACCGGAGGAUGAGACAAUUGAACUCAGAGAUACAAAAAUUGUUGGUGGCUAUAAUUGACAAAAGAAAGAAGGAAAUGGAGGCUGGAGAAGCUGCCAAGGAUGAUUUGUUGGGAACAUUGUUAGACUCUAAUUUCAAAGAUUCUAGUGAACGAAAUCAAAAACGAAAAUUGAGCAUGACUUUCCAAGAUAUAGUUGAUGAGUGCAAGCUCUUCUACUUAGCAGGGCAAGAGUCCACUUCAGUGUUACUUACUUGGACUCUGCUUUUGCUAAGUAAGCACCAAGACUGGCAAACACGAGCUCGAGAAGAAGUUCUAGCUACAUUCGGAAAGAAUGAGCCCGACUUUGAUGGUUUACACCAAUUAAAGAUAUUAACUAUGAUCCUACAUGAAGUGAUGAGACUAUACCCACCAGUGUGUACAAUCUCUCGAAUGGUUUUCGACGAUGAAACAAAACUCGGACAUCUAACAAUCCCUCGUGGUUCAAUGGUUUCGAUGUCAGCACUUUAUACCCACCACGAUCCCAAAUUUUGGGGUGAUGAUGCCUUGGAAUUUAACCCGGAAAGAUUUUCAGAAGGGGUUGCGAAGGCAACAAAGGGUAGUACUGUAUUCUUUCCCUUCGGUUGGGGGCCGCGAAUUUGCAUUGGCCAAAACUUUGCUCUUAUUGAAGCCAAAUUGGCAGUGGCCAUGAUUUUGCAACGGUUUUCAUUCGAGUUGGCACCAACGUACGCACAUUCGCCUACCACUGUUUUGACGCUACAACCACAACAUGGUGCUCAAGUUAUAUUACAUCAGCUUUAAGCUGUAUGUUUAGUUCCUACUCAUAUGGCUUUGAUAGAAGUAUAAACCAUAUAUUACAUAUGCUUUAGUAUCUAAAAUACUGUUUUUGUUUGUUUUACUUGGUUUACCUGGUUUAGAGAUGAAUUUAGAACCUUCUUAGAGAAUGAAUAAGAAAACUAGUAUUUCUGUUUUAGAGAAUAAUUAAAUGAAGUUGAUUUUUUUUUUUAGUAA